AUGGCGGUUGGAAAGAACAAGAGAUUGUCUAAGGGCAAGAAGGGCCUCAAGAAGAAGGCGCAAGACCCCUUCGCCCGCAAGGACUGGUACUCGAUCAAGGCUCCUGCUCCUUUCAACGUCAGAGAUGUCGGUAAGACUUUGGUCAACCGUACCAGCGGUUUGAAGAACGCCAACGAUGCCCUCAAGGGCCGAAUUAUCGAGGUCUCUUUGGCCGAUCUCCAGAAGGAUGAGGACCACUCUUUCCGCAAAGUCAAGCUACGGGUGGACGAGAUCCAAGGCAAGAACUGCUUGACCAACUUCUACGGCCUGGACUUCACCUCCGACAAGCUGCGGUCUCUUGUCCGCAAGUGGCAAUCUUUGAUCGAGGCCAACGUCACCGUCAAGACGACCGACGACUACCUCCUCCGCCUCUUCGCCAUUGCUUUCACCAAGCGUCGCCCCAACCAGGUCCGCAAGACCACCUAUGCCGCCUCUUCCCAGAUUCGCGCCAUCCGAAAGAAGAUGGUCGAGAUCAUCCAGCGCGAGGCCGCUACCUGCACCCUGCAACAACUCACCUCCAAGCUGAUCCCCGAAGUUAUCGGCCGCGAGAUUGAGAAGUCCACACAGGGCAUCUACCCUCUCCAGAACGUCCACAUCCGCAAGGUCAAGCUACUAAAGGCCCCCAAGUUCGACCUUGGUGCCCUGAUGGCGCUACACGGCGAGUCAACAACAAACGAGGACGGACAGAAGGUAGAGCGGGAGUUCAAGGAGCGGGUGCUCGAAGAGGUCUAA